UAAUUUUUCUUUUUUUCUUGUCCUUACUGCUUUAAAUAAUCACCUCUCUUCUCCUGACUAAACCAUUAAUGCCACAUUUCUCCACCUCCAAAAAUUCAUUUCAAAGUUUUGAAAACUCCUCCACAAUUCUCUCCUCUCACCCAAGAAGAAGAAAUGAAGCUUCUCCCUUCUUCUCUGUUCAAGAACACAGCGCAAGCACCAGAGCCAAAGUCUUCUUCUUCCUCUUGGCCCUGGCCUUCUUGCACCCAAACCAGAACCAUCUCCUUCAGAAUUCCCGGCAAUGAUAUUUUCAAGACCAUAAACUCGGCCUACUUCGACACCAACACGCCCGAGUCCUUCUUCACCAACUCGUCUGAGGGCUGCCCGAGUUUCUCCACAACAGUUUCUGAAGAAGACUCCUCGGGCGGAGGAGGAGAUCCGAUAGAGACUGUGAUCAACAAAGGGUUGAGAUCAGAGCGGCUCUUCUUCGAGCCCGGUGAGACCAGCUCUAUUUUAGACAAGGAAUCUAUCAAGGAUGAUGAAGAAGAAGAAGAUGAUGGGGUUGAUGAUGAACUUGCUGUUGGUGAUAAUAACAUUCCAUUCAAGGAGAGUGUGGCUUUGUCAAUGGACUCGCCGGACCCGUUUGUGGAUUUCAGAAAAUCCAUGGAGGAAAUGGUGGAAGCUCAUGGUUUGAAGGACUGGGAACAACUUGAAGAGCUUUUGUGUUGGUAUUUGAGGGUCAAUGGAAAAUCAAAUCAUGGAUAUAUUGUUGGAGCUUUCGUUGAUCUUUUGGUAGGUCUCGCAUUUAGUACUACUAUUUCUCCUCCUUCUUGUUCAUGUAGUGAGUACUCUCCUUCUACUCCUUUGUCUUUUUACAACAGUACUACUUCUUGUUCAUCUUCUUCUACCUCUACUCCUUGCGUGUCCUCCAUUGGACCUGAGGAAGGAUCGGAAAUGAGUACCAGCAUCAUUCCUUAUUUGUCUUCCCUAUUAGAAGCUGAGGAAGAGAUUAAUGAAGAACAAGAUGAUGACGAUGAUGAUGAUGAUGAUGAUGGUGCUUCAUCUUAGCUUAACUAGUUAGGUGUCUUUGAUUAUUAAUGAAAAUAUAUGUAUACCCAGUAGUUGAAUGAUAGUGAAAUUUAACUUUCUCUUGA